CAAAUAAACGUGUACCAAUAACAUUCUCCACAGGCAUUUCACUGGCUGUCCGCUGGUCCUUCCUCCUUUUCUACUUCCCUGAGCAAGGCCAACGCCAAGAUGAAUGACACAGUGACUGUCAGGACCCGGAAAUUCAUGACGAACCGGCUGCUCCAGAGGAAGCAAAUGGUCGUCGAUGUCCUGCAUCCUGGCAAGGCCACAGUCCCAAAGACUGAAAUCAGGGAGAAACUAGCAAAAAUGUACAAGACCACUCCCGAUGUGGUCUUUGUCUUUGGCUUCAGGACCCAGUUCGGAGGUGGCAAGACUACAGGCUUCGCCAUGGUCUACGACUCGUUAGACUACGCCAAGAAGAACGAGCCCAAGCACAGACUGGCCAGACAUGGUCUGUACGAGAAGAAGAAGUCCUCCAGGAAACAGCGCAAGGAGCGAAAGAACAGAAUGAAGAAAGUACGAGGCACCAAGAAGGCGGCUGUGGGGGCUGCUGGCAAAAAGAAGAAAUGAGUGGUCAAUUCCAGUGAUCCAAGAAAACCGGAGGCUCUUCAUGCUAAAGAUGUUCUUGUAUAUUGUCAUCAAAUAAAAUGUUUGGGAAAAAACAAUC